GCCGUUGUGGGGGGGUCACGUGCUGAAGGGGUCUCUCACUCUCUUCUGGGGUUGAAGUGGUCGUGUGGGGAGGCGGAGGCUGAAGCUUCAAGAAUUUGAGGAAAGCCGUAGAUUAAUGCACAACAGUACCAGAGAUGAGUGCAAUCAAUCCUGAAGAAGCCCAUGCUGAGGAAGAUACCUUGGAUUCUCUGCUGCCGGAUUUUCCCGGUGGUCCAUUGGAUUUCUAUCGGAAAAAAGCUUCAUUUAAUUGGAAGGAAUUGGCCCUAUUUUGGGACGGAGAAGAGAUUAUCAGAGUAAAGGGAGAUGUAUUUAGAGCAUUGGAAAAUGAUCCACUUUUUGCUCAUGAACCUGGAGAAGAUCUGUCUUUGGAGAAAUAUCGUGAGCUGACAUUCCUUCGCUGUAAACGAUUAUUUGAGUAUGACUUCGUGACAAUGGCAGAAGCUGUGCAAAGUCCUCUGAAGUCUGUUGCAGUUGCUAAUUGUUUAGGCAUGUAUGACUGGUCACUAGCUAAUGUGUAUUCUCUAAGUAAACAGAUGUUUGGAGGAACUAUUAUCAAUUCUGGAUCUAAUAGGCAUCAUCAAUUUGUACAGAAAAUAAGCAAUAUGGAGAUCUUCGGAUGUUUUGCUUUGACUGAGUUGAGCCAUGGCAGCAAUGCUAGAGCUUUGAGAACAACAGCAAGAUAUGAUCCCAGAACUCAGGAAUUUAUCAUUGAUUCUCCGGAUUUUGAAGCAGCCAAGUUCUGGGUUGGAAACAUGGGGAAAACUGCCACACAUGCUAUUGUAUUUGCACAACUCCAAACUCCUGAUGGAGUCUGUCAAGGGCUUCAUUCUUUUAUUGUUCAGAUCAGAGAUCCCAAGACUCUGCUUCCAAUGCCUGGAGUAAUGGUUGGAGAUAUUGGAAAGAAGGUGGGAUUAAAUGGAGUAGACAAUGGAUUUGCUGUGUUCCACAAUGUUAGAAUACCACGGGAAAAUCUACUAAACAGAACCGGGGAUGUGAUGCCCGAAGGAACUUAUGUAACUUCAUUCAAGGACCCUGGUCGUCGAUUUGGCACGUCUCUUGGUGCACUAUCUGCUGGUAGAGUGUCAAUCACAGGGAUAACAACAGUUAAUCUUAAGUUAGGCUUGACAAUUGCUAUUCGCUAUUCUGCAGUACGUCGUCAAUUUGGACCAAUAGAUCAUGAGGAAAUACCAGUGCUUGAAUAUCAAAUGCAGCAAUGGCGUCUUAUUCCCUAUUUGGCAGCCUCCUAUGCACUAGACCACUUUUUCAAGUCACUGUUCAUGAACUAUGUUGAAUAUCAAAUGGGAGUAUUGACGAAGGACAAGAGUGAGAGACAGGCAGAGCUUGGUAAAGAAAUACAUGCACUGUCUAGUGCAAGUAAAUCUCUUGGCUCGUGGACAGCUCAACAAGGCAUUCAAGAGUUCCGUGAAGCUUGUGGUGGUCAUGGCUAUCUUGCUAUGAAUCGUCUUGGGGACAUUAGAAAUGACAAUGAUCCUAACUGUACUUAUGAAGGUGACAAUAAUGUCCUACUACAACAAACCAGCAACUACCUUCUCAGUUGGAUAAAAGCAAAACAUCAAGAUGGUGUUGCUAUCAAGUCCCCAUUGCAGUCUGUUGACUUUCUGGAAGAUUUCAAUUCUGUUCUCAACCAAAGAUUCACAGCAACCACUGAUGAAUGUAUGGACUGUUCAGUUGCUUUAGCUGCGUACAAAUGGCUAACUUGCUACCUAUUGCGUGAGAGCUACAUGAAGUUGGAUGAUGAGAAGAAUUCAGGCAAAUCAGACUUUGAGUGCAAAAACAACAGUCAGGUGUAUUAUUGCAGAUCUUUGGCAAUUGUGUUCAUUGAGUACAAUGUGUUGCAAAGAUUUCAUGACUUUAUUCAUAGCUCUGCCACACCAAUCAACUUACAACCUGUGUUAGAACGUCUCAGUUCCUUAUAUGGUCUGUGGGCUCUUACUAAACAUACAACAGCAUUGUACCAAGGAGGGUAUUUCACCGGCAACCAACCUGCAAGAAGAUUGCAAAAUGCUGUUCUAAAUCUCUGUGCACAGCUGAAGGAUGAUUCAGUUGCUUUAGUGGAUGUCAUCGCUCCUCCUGACUUUAUUUUGAAUUCACCAAUUGGGAAAGCUGAUGGAGAGAUUUACAAAAACCUGUGGGCAGCAGUCCUUCAGGGCAAGAAGGUACUUGAGAGACCAUCGUGGUGGGUUGAAUUUUGUGCCAACAAGCCUUCUGUUGGGAGCAUGAAGUCAAUGCUCUAAUUUAUCCUCCAUUUAAAUAUGCAACUGUAAACCAAAGUAUAAUGAGGGAUUAGUCAACUGUGAUUUCUAGUUAAUGAUGGUCAACAUUGCACAUAAUUGUAUUGUAAUUAAUAGUUGCUCUUUACAAAGGUUUACAUGAACAAUUAAACUGAGUCCUAAGGGUAAAUUUUGCAGUAAGUGCUCCCGACAAGAAAAAUAAGUUGCAGGGCUAGAGGUAAAAAUUGGUAAAGUUACCUCCUGAUGUAAACUGAAAAAACAAAAGAAAGGCUUGCAUUUAUACUGCUCCUUUCAUAAUCACUGGACAUUCCAAAGCACUUUACAGCCAAUGAGGUACUUAUUAAAGUAGAGUUAUUUUUGUAAUAUGGGAAACAAGCAGCCAAAUUGUGCAAAGCAAGCUCCCAGAUAAUCAUUUUUUUGUGUGAUUUCAAUUGAGGGAUAAAUAUUAUUGGCCAGGACUUAAGUACAACUACCCUGUUCUUCUUCAAAAUAAUGUCAUGAGAUCUGAGAGGACAGUUGGGGCCUUCCAAAAGAUGGCAUUUCCAACAGUGCAGUAAUCCCUCAGCACUGCACUGGAGUAUCAGCCUAGAUUGUUGCACUCAAAUCCUGGAGGAGGCCUUGUAUGCACAACCUUCCGGCUCAAAGUCUAGAGUGUCACCACUUGAGCCACAGCUAACACACAACAAAAUUCAAUUGUGAAACUUCUAGUACUGUAUUUUUAAAAUGAAAAGGAAUUUUCAUUUUAAAUAUUUCUCAGCCUCCGUUUGGCUUAAUUGGUAAAAGUCUCAUGAGUCAGAAGAUUAUGGGUUCAAGCCCCACCUCAGAACUUCAGCAUAUUGUCUAGGCUGAUAUUUCGGUGUAUCACUCAAGAGCAGCUACUUUUUGAAGGUGUCAUCUUUCAAUUGAGAUGUGAAACCAGGGUCCUAUGCACGUGUUCAUGCAGGUGUAAAGGAUCCCAUUGUAUUACUUAAACAACAAUGGAGGAUUGGGAACUUGUUGCAUUCAGAUCAGCUGAUGUGGUUGCCUACAUUACAGUGACUUGACUUCAAAAGUAAUUGAUUUCAUUGAUGUGAAGCAUUUUAGAAUUUUACAUAAAAUUGCAGGUUCAUUUCAUCUGCUCUUUUAAUUGACUUAAAAUAUCAUAACUAUUGCUAACAUAAAAAUCUAAAAUAAUGAACUUUACCUACACUUGCCCUUUGAUUCUUUUAUUAAUAUGACAGCCUUUGCUCUGAAAUAGCAGAUAUGAAAAGUAAUGUGAUUGCCAAACAUGAAACGAUUUGAUUUUAUGUCAGAUGCAUACAAUUUAAAAUGCAGGAAGAACACAACACAUAGUCCAGAAUACUAACAAAUUAUCAGGAGCUAUGAAUAAAAUGAAACAUGAAUUCAGUUAAGGACAAUAAUAUUAUGUUCUAUGUUAUAAUUGUCACAUUUGAUCUAUCAAGCACAAUGUUUACUUUGCAUUUUUGUUAAACUACCAGUACAUGAUGUCCAUGUGAAAGUUAAAAAUAAUUGUGAAAUGUUAGAUUUCUGUGAAAAUAGAUUUUAUUAUAUAACUUGUAACAUUUGUUAUGACUGUUAAAAUUCACCAGCUUUGGCAACUCUGAUUGUAUAAUUAAAUGAUUUUACAAGCGUAA